AUGAUUCGACCCAGCGCAAACAAGGAUGACUGCCAGAGAACCGCUCUCGAAGGACUUGGUGGAGUGGGCAAGACGCAGCUUGCGAUAGAGGCUUCGUAUCUCAUUCGUGAUGAGCAUCCCGACUGCUCCGUCUUCUGGGUACCGGCCCUGGACGCGGCCAGUUUCGAGUCUGCUUAUCGCAACAUUGGCAAGCAUCUCAAGGUUAAAAACAUCGAUAGCGGUGGCAGCGUUGAUGUGAAGCAGCUCGUCAAAGCAGCUUUGAGUGAUGAGAGCAGUGGUAACUGGCUCCUGGUUGUCGACAACGCGGACGAUGUCUCGCUACUCUUUGGCACUUCUGGACUCUCGGCCCAUCUGCCAUUCAGUCGAAGAGGUUCGAUUCUGUUCACGACGAGGAAUCACGAGGCAGCUGUGAGGCUCGACAUUCCGUCAAGGAACACGAUCCACAUUGUCGAAAUGGGACAAGACGAAGCCUUGAGCCUGCUGCAGCAUGGCCUGACAGACAGCCAGACGAGCAACGUAGAAGCCACGAGCAAGUUGCUUGAUUUCCUUGCAAACUUACCGCUAGCCAUUCGACAGGCUUCGGCGUUCAUGGCAGCCAAAUCCAUCUCCACGGCCGAGUAUCUCGAGCUCUGCGAAUCGGACUAUGAGGAUCUGAUUGACCUCCUCAGUCGAGACUUUGAGGAUCGGCACCGAUACAGGGAGAUUCAAAACCCCGUAGCCACGACGUGGCUCAUCUCCUUCAAUCAGAUAUUGCAGCACAACCCGCUGGCGGCAGAAUACCUGAAAUUCAUGAGCAUGCUGGCGGAAAAGGAUAUCCGAAAGCGUCUUCUGCCCCGAGCCAAACCCAUUGACGCCAUUGAAGCAAUCGGCACGCUCAAGGCAUACGCAUUCAUUUCACAGCGAGAAGGAAGUGACUCUUUUGACAUGCACCGCCUUGUGCGGCUAGCCAUGCGCAACUGGUUGGACAAGGAAGGACAGCUGAUGCAGUGCAUGAGAUUCACCGUCCAUCGGCUCAAUCAACGGAUUCCGCUCCCAAGCAAUCCCGGCACCGACGUCUUUAGCAACUUUUUGACGCACGCCCAGGCUUUUGUGCAGCUUAUGGAUGAGUUUUCGUGCGAGAUAGACGAAGCCGACGUUUUGAAGAAGCUGGUGGAUUUUAUCUAUGGUAGAGCAGGCCUGGAAUGA